CCGGCAACCCAGCAUCGCUGCUGAACGCCUCUUGCAUCGUACCCCCCCAGCCAUGUCUUCUGCCUGUUGGACCUGUCGACUGCGGAGGAAAAAGUGCGAUCGAGUCCGGCCCGUCUGCACGAGCUGUGCAAGGCUGCGUAUUGGCUGUGACUAUAGCCGCAUCAAGCCAGAAUGGAUGGACGGGUCCAAGAAACAAGCCGAAGAGGCCAAGAGUAUUCAAGCUCAGAUAAGGCAAGGUGCUGCAACUGUUGAUGACAAGUCCUUUGCCGUUCAGGUGUUUCCACUUCGGGAGACCCCGUUGUCGUCAAGCCAGUCGACUAACCAGGCUGCGUUCCAUGCUGCCAUAAGUCUCAGCGCCUAUUACUUCACGCGGCUGCUCGCCCGGGAUGCAUCUAAUACUCUCAGAACGCCUUGCGAGCAGCACGUGUGGGAUACAUGGGCUAGUCACAUGGAUCUGUCCAUGCAACUGAUCAGGCGAGACUUGAGCGACACAAAUGCCGGAUCCAGACAGACAGAUGUAUUUCAUGGGGCUCGUGUUUUGGACAGUAUCGUGCACCUCCUCAUCUUUGAAGCAUCUAUGGCGAAGACCGGAGAUUGGAGCUUACAUCUUACUGCCGCACUGAGCCAGUUGGAAGACAUAUUCCGAGUGCAUGGCUUAAAGGAUGGCAAAUACCACCUACAUUCAGUUCUCCUUAGCAUGCAACUACCAUCGAUAUUUGACGGCAUCGACCUCGAAUAUCACGUAUGGAGUGCUGACCAAACUUCGUUCCAGUUUUCUACAGCUGUUCUUAUCUAUGCGGAUAUUGUUGCCAGCAUCUGCCUUAGACAAACCCCUAGGCUGCGACAUUAUCACGAGGCGGUGAUCAUGAAGAGUAGUACUCGUGCUAACCAGGACAACCGGCUGAUAUAUAUGGAAGAUUACAUUGGGUGCUAUGGCUGGGCAUUUGUACUUAUUGGUGAUAUUGCUGCUCUAGAUGCAUGGAAGCUUGCUACCGCGUCAGAAGAUGGGAGCGACCGGGACCAGCUUGCAGUUUUAGGAAACGAUUUAAAAAUCAGAUUAUACCAUGGCAUAGAAAAUAUAGCACCGGCCACCCCAUCGUGCGAAGUAUUGGGAAAGAUGAAUCAGGCUGACCAGCAUGCCCUGAUUACAAAGUUAUGGCUACAUGCCGGUCUGAUAUACUUAUCAACGAUCAUGCACGGAUGGCAGCUAACAGACCCUGCUAUUCGUCAUAAUGUUCACGCGGCGUUGAAUCUGCUCAAGGUUAUAACGUCAAAUCUCGAGAUUCGCUGUCCAAUGUGGCCGCUCUGUGUUGUCGGCUGUAUGGUUCAGGACGACGAGAAGGAAGAGUUGAGUCGCAUCAUGUCUGGACUGCCGCCUCUUCAAUCCUUUGGGGCUAAUAAAGAAGCUGUAAGCUUGGUCGAGGCUGCCUGGCACCGUCGUGGCCAGCUUGAAGAGAAUGAGAAUCCAUGGAAUUUAGCAGACCAUUUUCGAUUCCAAGGGUCCAUCACCAUGGUUGUCGUUGCUGUCGCCGGAGGAUCAGGCAACGUUGGUCGUACCAUUGUCGAAACUCUGGUCGAGAACGGUGAAUACGAAGUCAUUGUCCUUGGCCGCAAGGUGUGGGCAGCAAACAAUUCUGUCGUCGUGGACUAUGGCGAUGUAGCAGGAAUAGCUGAAGUCCUAAAUCAGCACGGCGUACACACAGUUAUAUGCACAAUCGCAGUUUUAGAUGACACUUCGUCUUCUUCGCAGAUUAAUCUCAUUAGAGCAGCAGAGCAAUCAUCGUCAGUGAAGCGGUUCAUCGCUUCAGGUUGGGGAUCACUUCCAGAUGAGAAAUCGCCGUUUUACGUCUUUCAGGAGGUGUCCACUGAUGAGCUGCGCAAGACCAAACUUGAAUGGACUCGAUUCGUAAAUGGAUUUUUCCUUGACUACUACGGUGCGCCACAUGUCAAAACACACCUACCUACCAUCACAUUCGCAGUCGACAUUGCUAGCAGGAAGGCAGCCCUACCAGGUACAGGCGAUGAGCCCGUUGCUUUAACUUAUUCAUUUGAUGUUGCCAGGUACGUGUCGGCAUUCUUGAAUCUGCCCAAGUGGGAAGAGGUAACAUACUGUUACGGAGAGAAGACAACUUGGAAUGAAUUCGUCGAAGUUGCCGAAGAGGUUACAGGAUCCCCUUUUGAAAUUACCUACGACCCGAUUCAAAAGCUCAUGAAGGGGGAAAUCACCGAGCUUCCUGCACAUGCAAAAGAACUCGCUUCUUCACCAUUCCCGGAAGCCAUUGCCCGAAUGCUUCUCCCAGUUCUUGGCAUGUGGGCAGCUGAGGGCUACUUCAACGUUCCGGUAGAGAAAUCGCUGAACCAGAAGUUUCUAAACAUUAAGCCCAUAACUGUUCGCGAGAUGUUGCUGCAGGGACAAGGCCCUAAGUGAGGCACACGACAG